GUAAAAUAAGUAUUUAAUAAUUAUUAUUUUGAUAAUGAAUUGUACAAUAAACAAUUAUAAUAAUAUUAACUAAAUAAUAAAAAAAUAAUUUAAAUAGUGUUGUGUACUGAUUCAGAUAUCACACGCCGUUAAAUGUUGCUAAAGGCUAUCCCGAAAUUUAAAUAUAAUCUCAAUUUAAUUAGUUAUUGGAAAUAUCAAAAACAUAAUCCCAUCAGCAAAUAUAAACGUUUAUCAUUAAAACAAUUAUAACAAGUUUUUCACAUAUAGAAUAAUUAAUAUAUUUAAUAUUUUGAACAAAUGCAUGAUAAAAGCACAGACAUCAUUAACUUUUACUACUAUCGUCAUGUUGCUCCUAUGUUGUCAAAAAUAAAUAAUUAAGCAAAAUAUUUUCCAUGAAUGGAAAUCAUUUUGUUGGUAACAAAAUGAGCAACAGUUCCUCUCCGUCUGCUUUGAAUCUGCUGACAUAAAAUGUCUCAAAUCUGCUCUCGUGUUGUUAAAUACUGACUACAUAUUUUAUUUUCUAUUUCUUAUAUUAUUGAAUGUAUAACUACCUAUUAUGUUUUCCGCAAAGACAUAGCGACUAAUCAAAAAUUCGUGCUUAGCAUUAAGUUGCCGGGUUUUAGAAGACAUACUUGUCUAUCGAUAAAACAAAUAAAACAUAAGAUUAAUAAGCUUAUGUCAGUCACAGCGGUUCUUAGUACGCAAUAAUAAUUUUUUAAUUCUACAAUCUUCAAUCUAUUCAAACUGCACUUCACAUAUUCGUUGGACUUGAAACACAGUCAUGAAGCCGGAAUAUGUAAUAUUGAUUUAGAGUUUAGAGGCAUAUUAUAUAAAGAUCCCCCUUUCCCAGAAAAACUGUAAAAAACAAAUGAAUAAGUAAUAAAAUAAGAAACAAAAAAAACAAACAAAUCAUUCUGUGAGUUCGAUCGACCCAGAGGAAAUGGUUCCGAAAAGUAGUAUCACGAAUUGAAAAAAAAAAGAGAAACAAAAAAAGAUCGCAAUCAGAAGCCCGAAAAGAUCGUUGCCCAAAAACACACUCUGUCUGAAUGUUUGCAUGGUUAAUAUCGAAUUAACCACUCCUGAAAGUAAAGACUUCUCUUAGUGGCCGUCGAAUGGAUGUUUACCAUCAAAAUUGAAUAAGCCCUAAUAAUUCGAGGUAUACAGGUGCGAGGAAAUCGAGCAACGACAAUGCAUUCUGACUGACAGUCACUCUUUAUAAGAACGCUUGAAAAUGAGAACCAUGGCCUUGGUACGAGCCAAGCAUAAUGAGAUUACCCUAUGAGCGACAUCCUUGAAAAAAAGAACUGAUAAAGUGCUUUCAUAAACUGAUUACUAUAUCAAAAAUUGAUAAAAUAUCUUCAGUUACUGAUAUAGUAAUAACAGUGCAGUACUUGCCCAGACAAUCAAACGUGCAAAGGCAGGACUGAAGCACGCUGUGAUUCUUAAUAGUUUCGAUAUCGUACUGGUAACGUACAUAUCAAUGUUAUCAAAUUAUAUUAAUUGCUACAAAUUGUAUCACAAUACCAGUACUAUAAAAAACUGUGUGUGCUGUUACUUUGAAUGUGCACGGCUGUUUUGUGUAGAAAUAUUGUGUUAUAUACAGAAAAGUAUUCGAUAAUAACCGCUGCAUCUCUCGUGGGAUAAUAAAAGCUUGGUAUCAGAUUCGUAAAGGCAUACGCAGUUAAAAUGGUAUUUGCAGAAUUAAUCGCAAUUUUUAUCGGUGUUCUGAGCUUUGCGUACAUUUAUUAUAAAUAUGUGGUAUUUAAUUUCUGGCACAAGAAAGGUGUUUUUUAUGUUGAACCCGUUGUACCAACUGGAAAUAUAACUGGAAAAGAGCACGUAGGAGUAUUCUUCCAUGAUGCAUAUUUAAAAUAUAAAGGACAUCGCGUUUUUGGAACGUAUACAUUCUUUAAACCAAAUUUGGUAAUUGCCGAUCUCGAUCUUAUCCGAACGGUGUUAACAAAGGAAUUCCAGUCUUUUCAUGAUCGUGGAAUGUAUUGUAACGAAAAGAUUGAUCCAUUGACCGGCAAUUUGUUUCUUAUGCCUGGAAAAAGAUGGCGAAAUAUGCGCGUCAAGAUGACACCAACAUUUACUUCAGGAAAAAUAAAGCAGAUGUUUGCUAUAAUGAAGGAGUGUGGCGAAGAACUCGCAAAACAUCUGGAAAAUAAAGCUAAAAUGAGAGAUUCCAUCGAAAUAAAGGAUAUAUUAGCAAGCUACACAACAGACGUAAUCAUGUCAACGGCUUUUGGUGUCAAAUCGAACUGUGUUCAGAAACCGAAUAACGAGUACCGAAUCCAAGGAAAAAAAGUCUUCGAUAUAAAUUAUAUUAAACUCGCUCUGGCUAUGUUUGCACCGCAAAUCAUGGAAUUCUUUUCUAUUCCUUUCACACCACAAUCUGUCACCGACUUUUAUAUGAAAAUGUUUCAAGAAGCUGUGGAAUACAGGCAAGCUCAUCAUAUCGUCAGACAUGACUUUAUGAACUUGCUCAUACAACUCAUGGAGAGGGGCUACGUUGAUCCCGAAGAUGACAAAAAGACCAUCGACGAAUCAUCAAUCGUAAAUAAACUUACCAUGGCAGAAGCUACUGCGCAAAGUUUUGCCUUCUUUGUUGCUGGCUUUGAAACUUCCGCGUCGACAGCAACAUACACUUUAUAUGAAUUAGCACAAUACCAGAAUAUACAGGACAAGGUCAGAAAAGAAAUUGAUGAAAUGUUAGUUAAGCAUGGUGAUCUAACCUACGACGCCAUAAACGACAUGACAUAUCUUCACAAAGUAAUAAAUGAAACCUUAAGGAAAUAUCCAUCUCUUCCUAUUUUGAAUAGAAUUUGUACCGAGGAAAUAGACCUACCGACUACAAACAUUCGCAUACCAAAGGGAACACUAAUAACUGUACCGGUACUUGGAGUGCAUCGAGAUCCGUCGAUAUAUCCGGAUCCGGAUAAAUUCGAUCCUGAGCGCUUUAACGUAGACAAAGUAAAAGAAAGGCAUCCUUACGCUUAUAUACCAUUUGGAGAAGGUCCACGAAAUUGCAUUGGUUCGCGAUUUGGCUACUUACAAAUGAAAAUUGGACUUGUGAGCCUUCUAUCGAAAUACAAAUUCAAACUUCAUUCCCGGACCCCGGUUCCGCUUAAUUUCAGUGAGAGAAGUAUAGUUCUCACAGCGAAAAGUGGUGUUCAUCUUAUUAUCAAGCCACGAUAAAGUUAUGUCCUUAAAUUUUUGUUUGUACAAACUGUAGUCUCUUAACGUAUCCCAUGAAUACAAGACAUACUAUAUAUGUUAAAAUAGCAAUCAGAUAAUAAGACAAAUCUAUUUGUUAUUGUAUAUUUGUUUUUGUCACCAAUUUUCUUGUUUUUAUACUUUUUGUCAAUAUUAUUCUUGUUUUACUUAACUCUAUUUUUAUUAAGAGAUAAUGCCACAUUAGAAUUAUUUAAUAUUACUUAAUAUUACGGCUGAAAGUCAAACAAAUUUUAGAUUUGUGUAAAUCAUACUAUAGAAUAAAAAAAUUAUUUAAAAAAAUUUUUAGUCAAAUACAUUGUUAAAAUUUAAAUUUACAAAGUUGAAUAAAUUGGACAUAAACCUUAAUAAUAUGCAAACUUUAAAAUCCCAACUAAAGAUAACAAUAGUAAAUUUACGUAUUUGAAAGAGAAACCGGAUAUAAAACAUGACAAUGAAUAGAGAUACAUAAUACAAAUCAAAUAAAGUGGAGAGAGCAAUUUCAUCACUAUACAAGCUCACCACGCACCAAUAAGGAAUUCACCUCUUUGAACUCAUCAAAUUUAUGUAACAAAUUAAAGUAUAUGAGUUCAAAAGUUGGAUAUUAAUUUGCAACUUUAAACUUUUUUCUGUUCUUUUAAUAAAAA